AUGAAAGAAGAAGAAUCGGACGAACUUGUACAGAAAAAGGAGUAUGAAAAAACGUUUUGGGAACAAAUAGGAAAACCCAAGCAUGUUUUAGCUCCCAUGGUUGACUUGAGCGAAUUAGCAUUUCGAUUGCUAUGCAGAAAUUACAACUGUCACUUGGCUUUUACCCCCAUGUUACAUGCAAAAAAUUUUGUAGAGCAUGAAAAAUAUAGGAAAGGUUAUUUUCAAAGUUGCAAAAAAGAUGAACCUGUAAUUGCACAGUUCUGUGGGAACAAUUCAAAAAUUAUUUUAAGCGCAAUUGAGUAUAUUAAGAAUGACGUGAACGCUGUUGAUCUGAAUUUAGGUUGUCCGCAGCAAAUUGCCAAAAAGGGAAAUUAUGGAGCCUUCUUACUACAUAAGCACGACGAAGUGGUGAACUUAGUGUCAGACAUAACGAAUAACUGCAACAUCCCAAUUACAUGUAAGAUUAGAAAAAUUGACCAAGAUUAUCAGAAAACGUUAAACCUUUGUUAUGAUUUACAAAGUCGUAAUGUCAAAAUGAUUACUGUUCAUGGAAGGACAAAGGAGGAAAAAGGCGUAAAUAUCAAAGAGUGUGAUUAUGAAAUUAUUAAAAUAAUCAAGGAAAGAUUAAACAUCCCAAUAAUAGCUAAUGGAUCCAUUGAACAUUUUGAAGAUGUACAAAAAUGCCUAAAUUAUACUAAGGCUGACGCAGUUAUGUGUGCAGAAAUAUUACUCGAAAAACCUUAUUUUUUUUCAAACCAAAAUGUCCACGCAGUGGAUAUCGUGAAUGAGUAUUACGAUUUGUUUUUACAAUACGAGUCUAACCCAAAAUAUUUAAAGGGACAUUUGUUCAAAAUGUUAUAUAAGUAUUUUCAAGUGCACACUGAUUUGAGAGACUUACUGAAUAAUUGUCACUCCCUCGAUGACUAUGUAAACUUUCGUUCCAUUUUGAACGAAAGAAGGACCAGCGGUGUCCUGACCGAGUCUACCCUCAGUUGGUACAGGAGAUAUAGGAAAACUCAAUAG